CUUUGUACUUGCUUCCUUUAUCGGGGCAGGAAACAUCAACGGACGCCAUGGCCAAGGCACUACUAAUUUGAUGGAUUCCGCAACAGCAUACCGGGAGCCCUUAUGUACCGCACCUUCCUUCCACGAGUUCGCAGAGCACCGGCAAAACACUCCAUUAGCGUCUCCUAUUCUACAACCUACCGUCCCUAAGCGUACAAGCACGGCACCAUCGAGGCAAAAAGCCUUAAAAACCAAGGAACUUGCAAUCGUUGAUCCCUUCUGUCUCGCAUUGUACCGUACCCUUCAGUGCAGCCAACGAAACGAAACGAAACGCAACGCAACGCAACGCAAACCGAAGGGGUGAGUACAGUUUUCCCUUGUCGCAGAGCACCCGCACCGCACCGCACCGCACCGCACAACGAAAAUACACACGCCUUAAAAAUACAUACUUCUUGAUUCUUUCGUUUGGAAAGAAGAAAGGAAGACGGUACCCGACUUUGGCGCAGUACCUUUAAAUUUUKAACGAGUGCAUUACAUUCUGUACCGUKGACCAAGGGUUCUCUCGGCGCAGUCGUGGCAUCAUACUUUGACAUUCAUACUASAUCCUCCGUCACCAAAGAACAAGCAUCMCGAACAKCACUUUGAAYACUUAUAACGCAAUUCAAUCMASGAAGAACACGUGACAGUAUGGUUUCCACACAAUUMAACCACCACAACAGGGUCGGCACCGGCGGGAGUUGCACUGGAAGCAAGAAUGGCUGCGCAAACAUCACCAUCAACGUUCCGGGCAGCUACAACAACACGAGCAAUCACCAGAACAGCGGAGGCAACGGCAACAGCAAYCAUACCGUAAACAACAACGGGAAGAACAUGCACUCCGAGGUGGGCAUGGCGGCCCCCGUAAGUAUUUUAGUACUCGUGAUCGUGAUGGUGCUCGUGAUCGUGCUCGUGAUCGUACUUGUGUUUCGAUAGUAGGCUUGUGGUAGAAUCGAUAUCGAUCCGAUGGAAUUCACAGGAAUGCAUUCGAUGGAAUCCAUUGGUUUUCACGAGCGAUGGUUCGUUCGGUUCCUGGAUCGGUGCAUGAACAUGGACUGCGUACAUACACAUACUCGAGAGCACACGGUCUUGCUCGGGUAAAAAAACAAAUGGAGCAAACACCAUAACAACGGAGAGGGUAUGUUUCGGUGCAACACAACCUCUGGAAGCAUCAGAAACUGCCGGACUGAUGGAUGGGUGUGGUGGAGAACGGUAUUUCUUCAAACCAAGUGAAGUACCGCACGAACCAAUCAUCCUGGGAACGAACGAACGAACGAACGAUCUGCCCGGAUUCGGAAAAAACGCAUCGGCUGGGAUGGCCUCUGGUGGAAGAGAGGAAGCCACGAGUGUUGCGGAAAGCGACGAUCGUGUUGCGUGGAACAAGCACAGCACUUUUGAAUGUUGGAACGAACGAUGCGGUCCAUCGCUGUCAGCCAACCAAUGCAUCGCAUCCACCCCUCCAUCGUUUGGUCCUACCACGAGGUCUGGGACGGGAGGAACCAGAUCUCUCGAUCUCUCUUUGGCACCUACAAUGCCUUCCGUUUCAAACCAUUUGUUGUCCUCGAGCGUCUCCUCUCGAUUUGUCUACGGGACCGGACUCCCCAUUCUUUCCUUUCACUGCCCAUUCGUCGUUGCCGGAGCCAAAUCUCACCAGGCCUGUUUGCUUCCAUUUUCUUGUAACUCGCUCUCUCUCUUUCUCUAACGCCCCGUUCGCCGGGCAGUCCGAGUACCGGAAGUAUCAAGAGUACGACAUUGCGGUCGAUCCGGAACAGGAUGACAAGGCCACCGAGAUCAAGCUUUGCUCGCUGGCAAAGCCCCACAUGAUGGCCUUUCACUGUUCCUGGUGGGGAUUCUUUGUGGCCUUUUUCAUUUGGUUCGCAAUCUCCCCCCUCCUCAGCGAGAUCCGGGAGGAUCUCGGGCUCUCGGACCAGGCCAUUUGGAACUCCAACAUUACCAGCGUUGCCGGAACUAUCUUUAUGCGCAUCGUCCUCGGUCCCUCCUGCGACAAGUGGGGAGCUCGAAUCCCCAUGGCCGUGGUACUGGUCCUGUGCUCGAUACCCACCGCCCUUACGGGCUUUGUCAACUCGGGCAUCGGCCUGGCCUUUUUGCGGUUGUUCAUUGGCUGUGCCGGUGGAACCUUUGUCAUGUGCCAGUAUUGGACGUCCCGGAUGUUUGCAACGGAGGUGGUGGGCACGGCCAACGCCCUCGUAGGAGGAUGGGGAAACCUCGGGGGUGGCGUCACGCAGCUGGUGGUCGGAGC